AUGGCCGACCUGGGAGGCCAACAGGGCCGGAACUACCGGCCAUACGGGCAUCCAUCUUCCUUUCAGCGUGAUGCCGCAUUCUCUGAGAUCUUUGGUGGGGCUCCACCACCGGGACGCUCUCAAACAAUGACCUCGCAAACCCCUCAGUUUACCCAGGAUCGCGCUCACACCAUGACCUCCCACGUGCCGCAUCCUCAAAUGCAACGGGGUCCCCCACCGCCCUCGCGUCCCAUGCCCAACGGAUACAAUACUCCGGGUCCCCCCAACGGAUACUACCAGGCAUAUCCCGGCGGCACAGCGACAAUGUCUUCGCAUCCCCCGCCUCAGAAUGCUCCCCGGCCCUAUCCAGGACGCUUCGCCUACCCGCAACCUCAGCGGCUGGACUCUCGCCCCGCGCCCGGCCCACAGUAUCCUGAUGCGAAGGGAUAUUCUCGCCCGAUGCCGCCCCCGGCCCUGAAUUCUGAUGCCUUUAGGUCGAGAUCAAUGGCGAGGAUGGGUGGUCCGCCAAUGUACCAGCCUCCCGCGAGUAGCUUCAAUCACACUUCCGCCACCGCAUUUCGCCAACAACCGUACAAUGCUGCUGCCCCCAUGACGGCUCAAGGUCGGGUUGUCCCCGAGAGACACGGCAAUGAGCGUGCCAUGUCAUUGACAUCUUACUCGACGGACCGUGAACACGCCCAUACCAUGAGUACCGGACGGGUAAUUCCUGCCAGGAGGCAACCGUCGGGCGGUUCGACUCAGCCCAUGCAGAACCGGUUCGACGCGGAACAACCAGCUGCAUACAAUUCCAACAGCCAGCCUCGACCCCCCAGUGAUGGAUCCGUCAACUCACGCACCAUGUCUAUGGCUUCGACCAUCGUUCCGGACCGCACCAUGAGCAUGCACAGCGGGACUCAGCUGACUCACAAGCCUAGCACUCAAACGACCUUGGUUUCGAGCAAUUCACGCCGGAGUAAGGUUCCGUUGGUUUAUCCGGCGUUGCUUUCGCGUGUCGCAGAUGUGUUUCGUGAACAGAUUCCCCUGGCGGAACGGCAGAAGAACGGCCUGUCCUACCAGAAUUCCUUCUCUGGCUCUGACGCAGUGGAUUUGAUUGCCCACAUCAUCAAGACCAAUGAUCGAAACCUGUCUCUCCUCCUGGGUCGCGCGUUGGAUGCCCAGAAGUUUUUCCAUGAUGUGACCUACGACCACCGACUUCGAGAUGCUCCCGGUGAGCUCUACCAGUUCAAGGAGACCAUGGGUGAAGAAGCGCCGAGCUCAGAAGUGAACGGUGUCUUCACGCUUUUGACGGAGUGUUAUUCUCCCACCUGUACUCGGGACAGUCUCUGUUACUCAAUCGCAUGCCCGAGACGAUUGGAGCAGCAGGCAAGGUUAAACCUCAAGCCCCAGCCGGGGUUGCGGACGUCUGCUUCUAAAGGAAGCUUGCACGGGGAUGACGACAACGACAAUCAGAAGCUAUGGAUCAACAUGGUUCCCAAGGAGGUCUCGGAGGCGUUGGAUGACAAGCAAAAGAAGCGCCAGGAAAUCAUCUUCGAGAUUAUGUAUACUGAGCGUGACUUUGUGAAGGAUCUGGAAUAUUUGCGUGAUUUCUGGAUGCGACCCUUGCGGGCGGCUGGCAACGCGACCACGUCUCCCAUUCCUGAGCACCGACGAGAGAAAUUCAUUCGAACCGUGUUCGGCAACUGUUUGGAGGUCCUGAAAGUGAACAGCGCCCUCUCUGAGGCCCUCAAUGCGAGACAGAAAGAGAGUCAUGUGGUACACAGAGUUGGUGACAUUUUCCUGCAACAUGCGCCUCGGUUCGAUCCGUUCAUCAAGUACGGUGCGAACCAACUUUACGGAAAAUAUGAGUUCGAAAAGGAGAAGUCAUCCAACCCCGCGUUCGCCAAGUUUGUUGAAGAGACCGAACGCCUGAAGGAGUCGAGGAAAUUAGAGCUGAACGGUUAUCUCACCAAGCCGACCACUCGUCUCGCAAGAUAUCCCCUUCUGCUGGAACAGGUCCUGAAAAACACGCCAGACGGCAACCCGGAUAAGGAAGAUAUUCCCAAGGCAAUCAAGAUUAUCAAGGACUUCUUGUCCCGCGUCAACACCGAGAGUGGGAGGGCUGAGAAUCAUUUCAACCUGGUGCAGCUCAAUGCGGCGCUGAAGUUCGGCCCCGGGGAUUAUGUCGAUCUGAAGCUGACUGAGGAGAAUCGCCAAAUGUUGACGAAGAUGGGAUUCAAGAAGACGCCAACAGACAGUUCCGAGGUGACUGCCUAUCUCUUUGACCAUGCUGUUCUUCUUGUCCGGAUCAAGGUUAUCAAUAAGCGAGAGGAGUACCGCGUUUAUAGGAAGCCAAUUCCGUUGGAGCUUUUGGUUAUUGCCCAGAUGGAUGAGGUUAUUCCACGGGUUGGAAUUGCCAAACGGCCUUCGUCUAGUCUGCUGGCGAAUAAGGCACCCGUGAACCCUCCGACUACGAAAGAUGGUCUUCCGAUCACCUUCCGGCAUCUCGGAAAGGGGGGCUACGAACAAACGCUCUAUGCAACCUCCCCAACCCAGCGACGGAAAUUCAUCGAACUGGUGGAAGAGCAACAACGGAAGCUCCGGGAGCGCAACAGCAACUUUUACAACAAGACCGUGGUUUGCGCGAACUUCUUCACGUCAAUCAACCGAGUGAACUGUCUUGUUCCGAUUGACGGUGGCAGAAAACUGGUGUACGGCACAGACAGCGGUAUCUACCUCUCGGAUCGUUGGCCCAAAGAUAAAUCUGCGAAGCCUAGGCGAGUGCUUGACGCCAGCCAGGUUACACAGAUGGAUACUCUGGAAGAAUAUCAACUGCUCCUGGUCUUGUCUAAUAAGACCCUCUUCUCCUAUCCAAUGGAAGCUCUUGACGUCGGCGAAGGCCAGAAUACAUUAGCGAAGCGGCCCAAGAAAAUUCAAGGUCAUGCCAACUUCUUCAAAGCCGGUAUCGGUCUGGGCCGUCAUCUUGUGUGUUCUGUCAAGACCUCGGGAUUGUCGAGUACAAUCAAGGUCUACGAGCCUAUGGACAACCUCGCCAAGGGUAAGAAGAAAUCGGCGGUCAGUAAGAUGUUCCAGAGUGGGCAAGACACUUUGAAGCCUUUCAAGGAAUAUUAUAUUCCCGCUGAAUCCUCUUCCAUCCAUUUCCUUCGAUCAACCCUUUGUGUUGGUUGCUCGCGUGGUUUCGAGGUCGUCAGUCUCGAGACCACCGAGACUCAGUCCCUACUCGAUCAGGCCGACACCUCCCUUGACUUUGUCGCUCGCAAGGAGAACGUCAAGCCUAUUCACAUCGAGCGAAUGAAUGGAGAAUUCCUUCUCAACUACAGCGAUUUCUCCUUCUUUGUCAACCGGAAUGGUUGGCGUGCGCGCCCGGACUGGCGGAUAUCAUGGGAGGGCAACCCCAACGCCUUCGCGCUGUCAUAUCCUUAUAUCCUCGCAUUCGAACCAAACUUCAUUGAAAUUCGCCAUAUCGAAACUGCCGAGUUGAUCCACAUCAUGACUGGAAAGAACAUUCGCAUGUUACAUUCGUCUACUAGAGAGAUCCUCUACGCUUAUGAAGAAGAGGGAGGCGAAGAUGUCGUCGCGAGCUUGGAUUUCUGGAACAAGCCACAGCAUUAG